UUGGACAUUGAACCUCAGGCGGGUGUUUAGAGUGUUUCGCUACAACCAGCACUGUGAGGCUUCCAGCGUGCCACCAUAGGUGGCGAAUAUUUGAAAGUGCACUUGAAGAUGCCAUCGUUGGAAAAUAAUUAUCCAGGAGCAGCUAGUCUUAUUCAGGAUAUUGGAAGUUCGUUAUGAUUGCAGGUGGUAAAACAAUCUUUUCUAGAGAAAAUGGCAAUCAGUCUCCGUGGUGGCCGAAUGUUUAUUGGAUAUCUGAGAAUAAUCGAUCAGUUUGGAAAUGUUGUUCUUCAUGAAGCUGUGGAACGUAUUCAUGUGGAAAAAAAAUUCUGCGAUGUUCCCCAAGGCAUUCUACUAAUUAGGGGUGAAAAUAUUAUUAUUAUUGGAGAACUGAAUCCAGAAGUGGACAUUGAUGAGAAGUUGCAGAGGGUUUCAGAAGAAGAGAUAUACAAACUGCAACAAGAACAGACAGCUGCCCGCAAGGAGUUGGCCAGGAAACGUGCUGAGUUGUUUGCUUUGCGUGGAUUAGGCUUCCAAGAAUUCGGAGACAUAAUGUUUGAUGAUGCAUAACUUUAGCAAUAUCUUCACAAUUAUUGAUGCACAUAUCAAUAUAUAAUACUUGAAACAAUUGUUUAAUCAUCCACUCAUGUACAUAUAUAAUCAAAAGUGUUGUUAGAGCUGAACAAACAGAGAUAUUUAGUUCGACAAAUUGGACAGUUUUUCAUACGCUGUAAAGUCAUAUGCAUAACUCCUGUCCUUCUAAAAUUGCAGUAAACACAAUAAAUGUUGAAAGUCACUGUGAAUUGUUUCCAGUAACAUUGAUAUAAGAACAGAAUUUCUGAACAGAGUUGGAGUGUGAUUUCUUUGUAGAAUAAUCUAAUUUGAUGAAACUCGGUAAUACAGUAUCAUUUGCUGGUGUCGUUUCGGGCACAAUUAAGUGCCAGUAGGUACUUUAAGACACGCACCAAAGUCCAACCCUGUAUAUACACCCACUUAUAAUUUGUCUGCUUUCGUUUAUUGGAAAUAAUGACUUCCAAGUCAGUAAUUUGCCUACUCGUAAUUCCUAUUCCAAGCGCUAAAUUUGAUCCUGAUCAGCCAUGAUUCAGCGAUCACCCAAUCUUUUAAAACAUUUUGGAAUACAACGCUUACAAUAUGCCAUUGUGUUAUUGAAUGCAUUUCGACUGCUGAGUUUUCCUCUAAGCUAGUCAUCUUUAUGUGGUCAGUCGUCCUACGCUUUGGUAUGUUCCGAC